GGUGAAACAAGUGCUGGCAAAAGCAGCCUUAUAAACUUGAUUCUCGGAGAAGAUCUUCUUCCUUCUGCACACCUAUGUACAACCUUCACAAUCUGUGAACUGAAAUAUGGAGACAAGCCAAAGAUCUGCUUGCAUUUCAAGAACGAUGGGACACAAGCAGGCAGCCCAGUAACACAUGAACUGAUUGAUAGUCCUGAAAAAAGUUACAAAGACCAGAUCAACCAAUUUGUCAGCGAGAGAGAUGAUCUACAAAAGACACCUUACGAGAAAAUAGAGUUGUUCUGGCCUCACCCCUUGCUUAAGGUAAUUAGAAAAAAUAAAUAAGUAGAAUCGAACCUCCCAUCAGCAACCACAAAAAAUGCGAAGAUUUAGAGGCCGCAUAGUAUACUGAACGUGGUCGCUUACGAGAAUCGAACCCCAGGGGUCUCUUUCGAGAGGAGGUUCCUACACAUCUACUUUUUGGCAGAGAAUUGAUUGCAUGCAAUUUUCAAAUUAGUAGUAUGCCGCCCAUGUUGUCACUGAAAGUUAUUCGACUGUGUACUCUGAGUGGCGUAGUACACACAACGACCAAAGAGACCAUACCUGACGUCAAGCGGUCGCUUACAAGAGGUUAAACGCAAUGGAAAGCUAUACAACCGUCAGGCCAAAACAUGGUCGCGGACGCUUAAAUAUAAGAGGUUGUCGUUUACGAGAGGUAAUUGUAAUUAUUACAGGGCUUUGACCGGGAAAUGUUUUGGUGUUUUAGAGAGGUGAUCGCUUACGAGAGGUCUUACGAGAGGUGGUCGAACAUGGAGGUUUGACAGUAUGUAUCGUCAGAGUCAGGGCCCAUAUCCCGGAGCGAGCAGAUUCUAUGCGCUCGUGUCAGGGCCAUUUCACGGACCAGGAGCCCAUCAAAUGGAGCCUCCAUCUCCCAUACAAGCGCUUGGAGUCAACCCUUUCCCGAGUAGAUCUAUAAUUAGAACGGUUCCCAGGGGAGACUUCGCGCGGCGACGGUGGGAAGCGCCAAUCACAACGACGAAAUGACACUGCAGUUGUACUUCAUCAAACAGCAGGAAAUUCGGUGUUGACAGGCCAAACACAAUCAUAAGCUAGUGAAACUUGACUUUAGCGUUUUCAUCCCUCAGAUAUUUUCUUUCUUUUCUUUCUAGCAGGUAGAUUAUACUGUGGAGAGUUUUAAACUCUGACUAUGUUAAUCUUAAUUUUAGUUGCUUGUCUCACAUUAAGAGGCCAUGAAGCUGGUCUGUUACAUGCAUAAUGAUUAACUACUACCUGCAGUCUGUCGUUCUAACAGGAUUCGUUUUUUUGAGCGUUAAGGUUCUUAUUUCGGCUAAAUGACUCAAUAUUAAUCAACUUUCUAGUUUUUCAAGGUUUUUUUUUCCGAAAUGCGUUUAUCUGAUUAAAUACUUGUAGUCCUUGUGGUUGUUUGUCCGUCAGCUACUGUUAUGAUUCCCUGCUAUGUUUUGUUAGUCAGUCAUAAUUCUUUGUCGCAGAUACAAUCCAUUUUGUUUUUCUUGAGAUAAGUGGGUCUUUGGACUGGAGCGCGAUGUCACAAAUUCCUCCUUUAGCAAAUUACUUUUGAGUUAGCUUCACGGUCGAGCAACUGUUGUCUUCUGUUCAACUUUUCAAGUGCCAGUUUUAUCAGGCAACUCUUAUGGUGAUAAAAGUCAGUCGUAAAGGAAGACUGCAAUUUCUCAAAUCUCGGAACUGAAGCAUUCCUCGUUAGUUGCUACUUAGGUCAUCGCUUUUGCACGCGGUGCUUAACUGGCGAAAUCCACUCCACGGUGAUGACACAAAUCAAAUGAUCUUGGCACUUUUUCGGCGCUGAUCAUCGAAAAGUUCCAAAUCGUCCACAGAACGCUUAAUCGUCUACCCUUUUCAAGGUGCAUGCUUAAAUGUGGGAUUAAUGACCCGGCAAAAAAAAAAAAAGGGAAAACGGUCGAAGGACGGGCUUCUGAGUUCGACUUCAUCCAACUUCAUUUUUUUCACGGUGACAUACGAGACUCACGGAAAUAUGACACUUUUCGCAGGAAACAAGCCGUUCUAUUUAUAAAUUUACUCGGGAAAGGGCUGACGGACCAGUUUAUUUUCAGAAUGGUUUUGGCCCGAAUUUUGAAUAUCUUUUCAAUUCUACAAGCCAAUCAGCAAAACCUACAGACCUAAAAAUGAUAUUUUUUUGCCUUUUAAUAACGUUCAGUUUUCCUUUUUGAUAUCUUGUACUUCGAAUGUGCUCAUAGACAUGGUGGGGAUUCCAUUUUCGCAGGAAAACGUGCCCUAAAAUGUGUCUAAAAGUAAACUGGGGCGUAAAAACGCCCUGACAUAGGUUUAAUAUAGGAGUUCUUCGCUCCGGGUUAUGGCCGUUGUUGUCAGAGGAAAAUAAGCGUGAAAACUUUUUUGAUUAACCGUGAGCAAAAAACUUAUUGUUAUAACAAAAUGGAAUAACAAUAAUGAAUUUCGCAAUCGCGAAUACAGGGUUUUCAUUUUUAUAAAAACUAGAAGGAGGAAAUUGAAUUGUACCUGACUCAGUAAUGCGCCGCGGAGCGGCGCGGUGCGGCAAAGCCGCACGUGGGGGAGGGUACGGGAGGGAGUGUCCCCCUCCUGUUGGGGUUUCCGGGGAGCCUCCUCUGGGAAAUUUUGAAAAUUUGAACGUCCAAAGAUGUAUUCUGGUGCAUUUUCAGGGCUCAAAACGUGAUUUUUAAUUGGUCAAAAUCGACAUCAUUAUAACAAAGUUUUCAUAAAAAAAUUCCAUUGACUUUUUUUCUUCAACUUUCUUCAAUCAUUGUUACAUAAAAUAAACUCUACAGUGUUGGUGAAGAUUGUUUAAAAAGAGUCUAAUUUGAAUAGACUUUACGCAAAAAAAAAUAUUCUAAAUUAUACUUGUAUCUUAAUCUAUGCCAAGGACAUUUUUUAAAUGAUUACCAACUUUAAACCUCACUGACUUUUAGUUACACUUACUAGACGAAACAAGACAUCGAAAAAUUAACUCUAUCUCUUUUUGAAUUUAGAAGUCACUGUCGCUGAAAUCACUCUCCCCCAUUGCACUCUCUCCAUCACUUUCAUCGGAACCAGAAUCAUAUUGUGCUAGGCCUAGCUUAAUGAUAGCCUGUUCAUCUUCUUGUUCAACCUCCUCCCGACUGAUCUCUUCUAUGUAAACCACCAUGUCUGUCUGAGUGGACACAUUCGUACACUCCACAGCUGGUCCUGAAGUCUUGCCAGCCUCUGACCGUCCAGUCGUGGACUUUCCUUUUGACAACUUGUACCGUUUACUUGACAGCCAUUUAGCGGUGGUCUUUUGCACAAGACUGUCACAUCCGGAAGAAUUUGUGUCUGGACCGUUUAAAGAAAUGUUUAGAAGACUCCCUAGCAUCUCAUUUGUCAUUCUACUUAUGAGUCGUGUUUUGAUCAACUUAACUCGACUAGCACCCCUUUCAGGCCUUGCAUUGCUGAUGGGUAUUGUUAGUGCUAUCUCAACAAUGUUCAAAAGUACCCGACGCGAACACGAAAAGUAGCCGGCACCUUGCGUCGGGCGUCGGCAAGUUUUAAACCCUGGAAUAACUGCAUUAUCACAGUCAAUAUCUUAUAACUUACAACCAAGCCUGCUUGCAUCAGUGAGGAGCAUGUUAAUCUGCUCCUUUUACAGACGUACUCUUUUAACGUACUACAGCGUCAACCAAGCCAUCUUUGAGGAAAAUAGAGACCUUUUUAGAUUCGAGGACGAGAACGACUACGAGUACGAGAAUUGAUUUAAAGUUUUUUCGCCUAUUGUCAAAGAAAAGACACCCUGGAAAGCUUCAUUGUACUUUUUUUCACCAGAAAAGUUAGCACUGUCAUCUUGACUGCACUGCAGAAGGUUAAACCCUCUCCCGAUCUCAAAAUAAUAAAAUUUCUAACAUUUGAUGACUUGUUUCGGCCACCGCGCGCGUUCUCGCUAAAACUCUUAGUAGAAUGACGACAGCUGUCACAUUUCCCCACCAAAAUGACGCUUGACUCACGCGCAACCACCACUUAGUAUUGAGAAAAUCUCGUACAUGUAGUCGUCAUCGCAUUCAAAGACCUCUGUAAUUUGCAUCGUAUAAGCUAGGUUUAAUCGAAACUGGCGAAUUUAUUGUUUUUUACGACCUGUAUUAUUCGAUUUGGGGGGCUUUCUCUUCGUCGCGCAGCUUUUGUUUUUGUUUUUAAGUUAAAAGUGAACUCCGAUCUCGAACAGCUCUUGGCUUGCAGUUACUCAAAGGGACCGGUCAUUAUUUAUGAAGAGGGGGAGAGGGAAAAAUGUGUUGGAAAGAUCAAAAUUUCUGUAAGGCUUCCCCCACUGCAGACCAUGUAAAUAGCAAGUGAUCCCCCACCUUAUAUCUGCUCUUAUAUGCUCUACAAAGUAAUUAUUAAAAUGCAUGUAACAAUACUCUGAAGUGAAGUGAAGAAAAUUAUUGGUAAAUAAACAUACUUAUCAUAAGAUGAUUAGUUACUUUGCAUAAUAAUGGAACUAACCUACUCUAUUACAAAAUCAGCGUAUAAAUAGGAAAAUUGAUAGAUUUUUCCAAACCGUGCCUUCAUGGUGAACACAAAUGUGAUAACCAUGCAAAAUAUAAUUCUUUUCAAAUGUUUUCCUGCAGUUGUAAAAGGACUACUUUCUUGUUGUUUCAUCAUGUUUUUCUUGGGAUAUUUAAGUGACACAAGCAUUUCGUUCAGAUUAAAAGAAAAUUCAGUCAAACCAAAUAUUUAAGCUAAUAGGUCUGGAUUCUUUAUUAGCUAAAAUUUGAAAUAACAAUGAAGUUUAGAGUGCAUACAGAAUCCUGUCAAAUGCAAAUGACUAAGUUGUAAAAAAUAGUGAUGCUCAAAUUAACAAAAAGCAAUAGGAUUAGCAUAAAAUUGUACAAUUUAGCAGUACUGUUUCACAUAUAUUGUUUGUGCUCUACUAAUUAACUGUUUUACCCAUCUUGGCCAAUGGAACCCUGUUGAAAUAUAUAUACCUCGCGAUCAAUUUGCUGACCCCCCUAAACUUCUUUAUAAAAAAGUUUAGCCCUCCCCCGUAUAGCCAUAUAUAAGGGACCGGAUUGGGUGUACCUUUUUUAAAAAACCGUAAAAUAAAGACUACCAAUAAGCGAAACACGCCAGAGUGACCCUAAGUGAAAGGGAAACAUCGUAUUAGGUUGCCAAGGCUUAUAUUAGUUCUUCUUCCCCUUGGCGCUGCGUACGGUCCCAGUAGAAAUCCUAAACUUAUAAGACGCGAAAGUAAAAGGCACGCGAAAAGUUGGCAGGGCGAAAAAGAGGAAAAGGAAGGGAGAAAGACGCUGUAACCAUUUCUUUUAUGACCCUCUUCCGCCCACUUUUGGCACGUUUGAGAUAAUUAGAUUCCGGCUGUCAAACUUUUGAAAUGUCAAUGAGUUGGAAUCUGUCUCAAAUUUCUCGCGAGAUUGUUUCGCGCGGCGCUAAUCCCUUAUACGAGCGUGAGCAAUUUGGAGUGUAAAAAGCGGGUCGGUAGGCAAAAUACGACUUUUACCUCGUGCCAAAAUGCUGCUUGUUCCAAUGAAUAUUUUCUCUUACGGGUAAAUUAUGCUCUGGAGGGGUCUACAUUUUGACUGAGCAAACUAUGUUGCCGCUUGUUUCAUGCUGAGAGGUCGCGACACGCAUAUUGAUUUUCUGAGGUAAUUGUUUCUGGUCGGCAUGAUUGAUGAUUUGCCCUCUGAUGCAAGAGCAUUUUCUGUUACCUCUUUUGAAACUUAAAGUUCUUCACUCUUUUGUUUUAUUUUUCUCUAAAGUCUAAAUUUUCUAUAAAGUCCCCCCUUGAUCUGAAUAAAUGAAAGCGAUUUUCUUUUGUCCGUGAAUGUGAUGGUUUAAACUGAAGCUUCUUUAAAUAUGGAGAACUACGUUGUGAGUCAGUCAAGAUUGCUCUUUAAGCAAUGAUUUUUAAACUCCAGCUUGUUUUUCCAUAGAGAUCCUUAGAUAAUGUGAGUCUGGACUGGAGCCCGAAGAUAACUCCUUCUUACGACUGUUCUGUUAUUGCCACUUUGUCAUCAGGCAAGACCGAAGCCGGUCGGCAGGACUGCAGAAACAUUUUUUCCUCGCGCUAAGUUCACAAAGCAGGUCUUCUAUUCCUUCCUCAGCUCUUCUAUGUGCGGGAAAUCUCGUUAACAUUCGUUCAACACAGAAGUUAUCGUGGAUUUCUCUAUUUCACGCGCGUGGACGCCUCAUUCCAUCUUUCUGAGUGACAGGAACGACCCGCUUUGAGAGUGUUGAUAUAAUGUGUCAAGUCUGACCAAUCAGAGGGUAUACCAGGAGAUGCUAUACCGGGACGGGUCGUUUAAAGAAAUGAUUACAGGCUCCGCUGCCCCUUCUCUCCCCAGUUUCCUCCCGUUUUACUUUCGUCUUCGCGCUUUUUCAUCUUUCCCAACUAUCUCGGAGCCUGGGACAGGCUACAUGUUUACAAUCUGGGCAAUCACCUUGUAAUCACAGUCAAGAACGUCACGUAAUCCCACCUUUCGGCUAGCGUACACUGAUUAUAGACUAGCCCCUGAUUCUCCCUGCAUGUGAUUUAAGACUACAGCUUUAACAUACAUAACGCCACAUAGUUCACUACACUCAGAACCUUUCACGGACAUUACUCGGCCUUUCCGCGACGGGAAAAAUCCAGGUAAUAGACCUUCUGUACUGCCACUUUUAAGUUUUGCUCCAGCAUACUUAUAGGUUAUGAUCGGUACGUACACAAUCACAUCUGUUUUCUUGCCUGCAAUGAUCCUCUACUUUUCAGAUGCGGGUAGAAUUAAACAGAGGAUCCUUUGCUGUAGAAAAUUUAUAACUAUCUUUGGUUCGAGCAACCUGUUUUUCGAACAAUUGCUUACACUUGCCGAGUGUCGACUCCUUAAGUUUAUUUAGCUUCAGGGCAUGGCAGAAAUUCUGCAUCCUUUCCUUAUUAAGUUUAAGCAGAUUCUCCUAGGGAAUAUUGAUCGAUAUUUCUUCAGUACUGUAUAACCUCCACCACUUGUAACCGCUCUGUGAUAGUAGCCAACUCGAAAGCUUGGCUCCUUUGGCUGCUACACACUUUCUUCCUUUGUUAUGUUUAAUUCAAUGUAUAGCUACGUUUCUACUUCUUUUUUUUCCUUCAUUGUUGUUGUAUUGCAAUUGAAUAAGUGUGAAUAAAUGAACUUGAACUUGAACACGAAAAAGAAUGCUUUUGUUCGAGCUUUUACUCUGACUAUCAGCCAUUUUGAAGCUAGACUUUCUAAAAAGUCCGGAAAAAUCCAUCCAGAACACCGCGAAACAUUUAUCACCCAAAUUUAUCACACAAAUUUACUUCUUUCCGAUUUAGGUUUGAAAACUGGUUUUCUUUUUAAACCUUUAACGAUUUUAGCGUUUUUGUUUUUUAAAAGAUUUUCUCCUCACAAAGCCUUACGGGUGCAUUCCUGAUUCAUUUCAGGAGAAGGUCGUUAUAGUGGACAGCCCAGGAGUAGGAGAAAGUGAGGUGAUGAAUGAAUUCGUUGUAAAGUACAUGCCCAACGCGUUGUGCUUUAUCUAUGUCAUCAAUAGCGGAAAUGCUGGAGGGGUUCAAGAAGACAGGGUAAGCCUUAAGGGGCUGACCAUUUGACUUUUGAGGUGGGUAUGGGUGAUUUCAGAAAAAAAUAUCCUGCAGACUGAUUUCGAGGGGAAAAAAAUUCUUGAAGGAAAUAACUGGCGAAAAAAAAAUCCCACGCUGAAAAAAAAAACCUUUCAUGGUGUAUAAUACUGGGAAAAAAUCUAACAUCAUUGUAUGUCAGGAAAAUCACCCAAGGUUUAGGAAAAAAAAUCUUACACAAACCAAAUCACCCAUACUCCCCCCCCCCCUCAAAAUGGUCGGCCCCUAAGCAUCGUUAGUCCACAACUCCCGGACUAUUGAUCAUGUUUAACAAUUAAUGAAUGAGGCUGAGUAUCUUAUGAAGAAUUAUGGAGAUCGAGGAGUGUGUUAUCGGCCGAGGCGGAUAACAUCCUCCGAGAUCUCCAUAUGUCUUCAUAUGAUACGAAAGCCAAAUUCAAUAAUUGUUUUAUUAUUCAUUCAAAAUAAUUCCUAGUUUAAAAACAUGGCUAAAACAUGCUUACCUCCAUCGAUCCAUCGAUGUUAAGUUCAUCUUCGGUAGUGCACGUUUAGCUUUGUCCAGCUCCGCAAAUAUUCUCCAAAUAGCAGAUGUCGCCCUUCGAGUUGUCUUCUUACUGUUCUUGCCAUGCUUUUAGUUACUUUUUUUUCUUGAAACGAGUGAAAUGUCCGCCAUUUUUCAAGUUCACAACCAAAACAACUCAACCUCUUUACCAGGUCUUCUCGGUUAACGGUGCCUUAAAAUGCACGAACGCUGCAUUUUUGACGUCAUUUCCUCGUUAAACAACACAAAAUUCUUCCAAAUUUGGUCAUCAGAAACUCUUUAUGGUGAAUUAUGCGUGUGCUUUUAGCCAAUCAGAAUCGGGAAAAUAUUUUGAAUGAAUAAUAAUCCCUAUUAUAUCAUUUCCUAAUUAUACUCUUACACCAUUCGUUUAUAUUUAUUUCAUGACUGAUAUUAAUCGCUUCGUGUUAAAUGUGGCAAAAUUCAGAAUGCCUUUUAUGCUUUUGACAAUGUAUAUUAAAAUGUUUUUUGUUUAGCUGUAAAUAAGUUAGAAAAUUUGCAAAAUACCGUAAAAUUUUGACCAAAUCGAGAACUAAUUAGCGUUACUGAGUACCUCAGAAGGGGAAAUAAAAACAUCGAGAUGCAUUUUUCUCCGUCUUGAAUAGUGAUGGAAGUCUUGCCAUAUAUUUUCUUUUCCUUUCCUAUGAACAGCUAGGAAUGCUCAUUAGCUGUGCCCAAGCAAACCUCACGGAGAAUGAUCUCGCCCUAUUUAACAGAUGUGCCUUGUUUGCCUGUAACAAGUGGGACUGCGUUGAUUCUAACGAGCAGGAGAAGGUGAAGGAAGAACAAAUCAAACUUCUUUCCAAAAAGGUUUUUAAUCUAGAUCCAAACGCACAGAUGGUGCACUUGUCGUGUAAAAUUGCUCACGUUUGUCAGACGCGGCUUGGUUACGUCACUGAGGGCUUUCACGACCUAACCACUGGCAUCUGCAAUCUUUUAGUCUCCUCGAUGCAAAACAAGCUGGAAAUGCACUACAGGUAUGUUAACAAGGGGGCGGGGAGAAGAUCUCCCAUUGUCUUGGCGCAAGGAACAAUAAGCUUUGGUCGAUCCUCUCAGAUCGUGUGUUGUAUUCCUCAUUUGAUACAGACCACCUAGAUAUUUCGGCAUAGUGUCAUUAUAGAUACCCUCAGUAAAAACUGAUUAACAUAUCUUGGCACCUGGUAUAAAAAAAAUCACCACAGUUUAUUUCCGAUUUAUAACACAAUUGUAUAAAAUGGUGGUGCAAAAUAAGAUUUCUGGUUAAGAACAAUCCUGUGCCCUGUUUCGUUACAUGUCUCUAGCUUGUCUCUAGCUUGUCUCUAUUUGAGCCCCACAAAAGUGCCAAACCGCCGAACAAUAUCUAAAGUAUGUUACUACAAAGCCUUAUAGUGUUUACAUUUAAUUGCUUUUUAUGAGAAUUAAGUAGUUUCAUUCCAGCUUUAUCCAUAAGAAUUGAUUUCCUUAAAAAAUUACCAGUUAAUCAAAAUUAAAUCAGACGUUUGUGAUUUGCCGUAAGGAGGUAUUUCGAAAACUCUCUAAUUGCUUUCUGGUAAUGGCAGAAUUAAAAGAUGGUGUCGGAAUAUUUUAAGGAUUAAGCGACAUUUAGUGUUUUGGACAAAAGUUAUACACCAAUUCAACUUGUAUUUUAACCUCGUUUUCAUGCUCACUUUGAUAAAGAUUACAAGAAAAGGAAAGUUGGACGAAAAAUGUUCGUGGAGAAGCUCUGUACUGUAAAUGGAAUAAUCGGGUUUCGUAUCUAUACAGGGAUUAGGUUGGUCUUGAUAAAUAAUAAUAACCAAAAAACAGUUCAUUUUGAAGUCUUUAUUCAACAGAUGGCUGGAGGACGUCCUUUUUCAUGUCUCCCGUGAACUCAAAUUAUCUCUUGAAACAACGAGGCUGUCCCAACAAAAAACAGAGGAUAAAAUUUCAAGGGUAAAGAAGCGGAUGCAAGAACUGCAGGAAUCUCAGCAGCGUAAAUUUGAUGAGCUUAUUAAAUUUCAGUCAGAGAUCCUAAAAGAUAUCAUUACAAAGCUGACGGAGUACUUCAAAUCCGAUGAGGCUGUCAAGAAAUUUUGCGAAUGGUCUUCUUCUGAGGCACCUGAGGUUCAAGCAACGUGGGAGGAAACAAAAACUGAGGUACUAAAAUGUAUUUCAAAGAGAGCCCAGCAGUUUACCCAGUCUUGGGAAGAGGAAACGCAUGCAUUUGCGAAGGCUCAGGAUAGACUUAUUACACAUUGCUGUGAAAAGUACGAUAUCAUGGAAAAAGAAAUCCAUCAAGUGGAAGAAUACGUUUUUUCCGACGAAGUUGACACAGAAGUCAAGCAGGAAGAGUAUGCAAUUCGAAUAAGGCCCCGAGCUCUAUCAGUUCUAUCACGGCGAAUUAAAUUUAUCACGGGUGCUCUUCCUUCGUGGCAAACACAAGGUAUAGCACCCCUGGCCGUAAGAUCUUCCUGGAGCAUGUCUGAUCUCAGUUUGAAGAAGCUCGACGAAAAAAUUGAACGGCAAAGGUAUCGAGACGACCCGUGUGGCUACAUGUCACAAACAUCACGCAAAUGCCUGGUACUGAUUGGCUCUCAAGAUAGAUUACUGCCUUUCAUAAAAGAACAGCUGAAAGAUGCCAUAGAUUGUCUGAAUCGAAUCAAGCAGAGAAUACCCAAGCUAUUGAAAGGUGAUCGGGAAAUGUAUCAGAAACUACUUGAUGACGACAGAAGUAAGAAGGAGAUUCGCGAAAUCUAUGAACCUUUGACCACAGAAGCAGAGCUCUUAGAACGUGAACUAAACGUAUUUAAUCUCGCAGAAAUGACGAAGUCGGAUUUCAUCAGUGAUGAGUUGAAAUGGGGAGGAGAUGACUCAAUCAUAGGAAGUGGCACCUUUUCAACGGUGUACAGAGGCGUUCUUGCUCAGAGGAGAAAACCAGAAGUUGCCGUGGCUAUAAAGGAGUAUAAAGACCCUCUAACUACCAGAAACUUGUGGCAUUAUUUUGUUGAUGAAGAAAGACCUUUGAGGUUUGUCAAGAAUACAUAUAAUUACCACUAAUGAAUAGUUGCCUAUUAUGGCUCUUGUUGCCAGCUAAUACGUGUUAAGGUAAUUUCCACUGUCGCGUAAUUUUUACUUGCGUACGCACGGAAAUUUUAUACGCGUAAGUAAAAAGAGAGACAAUAUAUGUAAGGUCACGCGUAAACGUAAGAGUUGAACCUCUCUCAACUUUCACGUUUACGCGUGGCCUUUCCUUCAUUGCCUCUAUUUCAUUUCCGAGCGUAAAUUUUACGUGCGUUCGCACGGAAAAACUACGCGACAGUAGAAAUCAACCCUUAGGCGUGAAUGGGUAGCAGUAAGUUAAAACAGAUGACCCUUAUCCUAUAACUCUACGAAAAGUUCUCCGGCCUUAUUUCUGUUGCGGCCAGCGCCAGUCUUUUAUUAUGGGCUGUGUGCGAGGAUAUGAAAGCUACUCUCUAUUUCAAAUAUUCAAAGGCCUAUCCCUGCUAAAAUGACUGCAGGCAAUGUGAUCAUCAUAGAUAGCUGUUAGGUAGAUAAGAAACCUAAUGUUGAUUGUUCCUGCCAAAAGCCUUUUAUUUGUGAGAAAAUUUAGAGGAUCGGUUUUCGAUGUUAGAGUCUCAGACUGCCCUAAUUUUUAACCUGAAAUUCGCUAACAUCAACUUUCCUCACGUUCGCAAACGAAGCCGCACGGAGAAAUUUGGACACUUUCAGUGAACAGAAAAAUUCUUCUUCUUCCACUAAAAGAUACUUUCAGGGCAAUAGCGAAGCUGGUCGUACUGAAAUAGUUAAAAAAUGAGGGAUAGGUUUUCAGUGUGACAAAAACUUAAGUUCGUUACUCAUUUUCGACAGCAAUAUUUAACAUGUGGUAUAACUGCAAAUUCUCUUCAUGCUAUUUAAAUCACACAUUUAGACAUUCAUUUAAAACAUACAUGGGAAUUGGCUUGGGUUAUUAAAGGAAAUCUGUGUAAGACGCCAUCGAAGUUCAGAAAUUUUCAUUGUAGGCCGGCGGUAAUUGUGUAAACACUUCAAAUUUCGAAACGCACAAAAGUAGAUAUUUACAGCCUAAAGGCUCGUUUUUCGUACUUCUUGUGAGUUUUCCCAUUGCAAAGUUGCUUUUUUCAUCGCAAUAGUUAGGUUAAAAAGGUGAAACUGGGUUAUUUUUACACUUUGAAACACUCAACUCUACCAGCCGGCGACUCUGCGUGACAAUCUGUUCCGUGACUACACGUGACAUAACAUACAUUUGAAGAGACGGAGCCGUCAAAAUGACAGUCACGGAAUCAAGGCAACGCAACGCAACGGAAUUCUUGAAAGAGUAACAUUUUUGAUGCCGACAGUCAGUUUUGAAGAAGAAAAAAUCAAACGCGCUAUUAUUCUGGUACUCACUUUUCAUCGAAAAAUAAGGACUUUAACAAUGGUAUUUCGCUAAGGAUGAGGGAACAGGAAGAUAUUUCCUCUUGUUACUUUACGAUCGAGGAAACUUGGUGCCGUUAAAUGCGGCGUUGCUAAAACAAGGGUAAGGGUAACACCAAGGGUAAGGGUGGGGGGUGAGGGUAAGGGGUAAGGGUAAGGGUAAGGGUAAGGGUAAGGGUAAGGAUGAGGGUAAGGGUGACUGCUAAGAAGGCAUAUUGUCAUUAAUUCCCUGUCAUUAAGGAUCAUCUGGCAUAUUAUUGGAAAACGGUGCUCUUUAAAAUGAAAGGCUGGUCCAGGGCUGUUCUAAUUUCAAGGUUUGGCUAGCUUUCGCGUUUCUGUUGCAGUUAAGUAUUUCCAACAAUCUGACCGCAAAUUAAUUUUUUGCUCUUGAAAGGCUUGAAUAAAGGCAUGGAUUAAUAGUCUUCGAUCGUUCUCUGUACACCAAAGGACUGUUUAUAUGGGGAUGUGGGACCCUGGGUUGGCAAGGUGAUCCGCAAAAGGGUUAAAAAGCAAACCACCUUUUCAUGCAAUCUUCGAACGUCCACAAUCCCUCAUGUUACAAAACAUAUGCCGACAAUCUUUCAGAUAUGUUACAUUUGGAGACGAGCAAACUGUACAUCUAACACUCAGUUUCCCUUNGAACCCAAGAAAAUUCUUAGGUAUGUUUUAGAUGAAUGUCUAAAUGUGUGAAUAAACGAGGACUGGGAAAAUUUGGAGCUAUGCCACAGGAAAAAUAAUGCCGCAGAAAACAACUACUAAAUUAAAGUUCUUGUCACCGUAAAAACCUGUUCUUGGUUUUUUAAUUAUGUCCGUUCAACGAGUCUUGAUAUUGCUUUGAAAGUAUCUUCUAGUGAAAGAAGAAGAGUUGUUCUAUUGAUGGACAGUGUCUAAAUUUCUCCUUGCGCCUUUAUUUGCGAACGCGAGGAGAGUUGAUGUUAGCAAAUUUCGGGUUGAAAAUACGGCCAUUUUGAGACUCCGACCACGAAAACUUAUAUUCUUACUUUUCUCGAAAAUAAAAGGCUUUUUGCGAGAACUACUAACAUCAGAUUACUUAUCUAACUAAAAGCUAUUUAUGGACAAAAAAUGAAGGAAUUCGAUUUUUCAACUCUUGCCACUCGAUGGUCGAUAUUUCCUGACCGUCGCUCUUAAAUUGUUUUGUAAAGGAUAAACAAACGUUAGAAACGGAGGACACUUUAUACAAAUUAAGCCUUGUAAAAGAAAAAUACAUUAUUUCUGUGUACUUGUGAUGUAUGAAUGGGGAAAGCCUUUCGAGUAAAUUUCCAAGAGUGCAAGCAGAUGAUAAACUAGGCCUGAGUUUUUAGUAAUUCCUUGUUUAUAUUUUUAAAGAUUUCUUUAUUUGCCUAAGGAAAUAGUUUCAUCGAGGUCACGAACGGUUAAGUUUACAGGUUUAAAACUAGGGUAUCUAAAAGAUAGUAAUGCUGCGGCACAUUCUGUUGAUACUGGCAUUAGUUAGGCAGUGGGACUUAAAAGAAUCGAAAAUGACAUUGAAUGUCCUAUUUACAUGUUGGAAAGUACUAGAAUAAUUACUAUUAGUCUAUAUAAAGAACUCGUGGGAACGUUGUUUAAAAAAUGAUCAAGUGGUUAUCAACUCUGGUUUUCCCACAGUAAAUUGUAGGAAAUGAUAGAAAUUCAGAUUGUUUAUCCAUAUAUUUAAUAUAGGGUGUACUAUCUUUUCUCUGGAAACAUGAUACUUUUCUUGCUGUUUAUUUAGCUAUAUAUUUAUAGAAAACAACAACACAAAAAACAGAAAAAAAAAAAAUGAAAUUCAGGCUAGCCGAAUCCCAGUGCGUGACUCAUUUCAAACAUGUUCAAAGUGUCACCGCGGAGGGAACACAACUGGCACAAGAGAGAAACACAAAAUAAUCCAGUAUAGUCCGCGUAAAUUGUAUCGGUCGUACAAUAGAAUUUCACGAAGAAGCUACAGAUGUUCUUCUCAGGUCAAGAUUUUGUUUACCGUUUAAAUUCUUCAUCGAGAUUGUUUGACUGCAUAAAUAAUAAUUUCACAGAAAUCACAGCAGUGAAUUGUCUCUCACAAUUCUGUCAUACGUGCCUGUUCUUUGUUCGCGAGCUCAUUUGGUAAAAACAAAGCACUUUUCUAGGUAUAAUCAUCCUCAUAUUCUUUUCAUGUCCUUUUAGGCAUUGUAGAGUGCAUGAUGACAGGCUACUAUGUGACAUUUAAAUAUCAGGCAAAACCCACAACUAUCGCCUGAAAAGUGUUUGCAACUUUAAAGUGACUCGAUUUUACUUAAUUUUGCUUUGCAAAGAACAUAAUUAAUUGGACUUCAGGCACUUAAUCCAUUGAGAUAAUUGUACAUAAAAGCUGAUAAACCUGCAAUGAAAUUAAUAUUUAAUGAUACUUCUCAAACGCUGGCUUCGUAAUUUGUAGUAAAAUAUGCAUUGAAAAAAGAAGGUAUCAAAGAAUCUGGCUGCCAGGAACGCGGUUCGCGAUAAAUGAUACAUCCAUAAUUGCCUGGAUGAUUAACAUGAAGACUAUUUUUAAAAAAGCUUUACUAGUACUAGUAAAAAUAUAUUUAGCAAAAAAAUUUAACAGUGAAAGUUAAACAUAACUAUUUCAAAUAUUACAAUUAUACUAAUACAGUGUACUGGGUGUGGGUCGUGCGUAAAUUUCGUGGGUAAAAAAAAGUCUUAAAAAAAAAAAAUUAAAAAUUAAAUAGCAAAAAGUUGUAAAAUUCAUGAAACGAAAAUCUCCGCGUACACACCAGCCCUAUUCCCCUUCCCCGCGGUCAGCAAAGUAAAUAAGCGAAUCCUUUAGUACCAACGGACACUAAAAAUUAAAGGCAUUUAGGCGAAGAAUGAAAGAAACUCUGUACACUAGUUACACCUGAAGCAGGCUAAAGAAAAAACUGGAGACUAAACUGCCUAUUCUCAAAGAUGUCAACAAUCGUAACUGAAACGUCCUUUCAGUAAAAGGAAUGAUAUUCACAAUCGUUACAGCUAAGAUUUUGUACACAAAACAAAACAAAAAAGAAUCGAGUGAACAUAUUUCCGUACGGCAAUAAAAUUUCAAUACAAUCUCGCCUUAAGUUGAAAGGUUGAGCUAAAAGACCUAAAACUUCGAAUUCUUGUAUCAAAAAAAGUGAAAUAGCUCAAAAUUGCCAUUUUUUCCCCUCACUUCCCCUCCCCUUUCCCAUGGUGAUCGCAUUCCAUCGUGUUAAAGAAUCUGCGCUGAUCACUGGAAUUGUAGAUCGAUUAAAGAUUAAUAGUGAGCAACUAUAUCCAUUCAGCGAGUCAGAGCUGACCCAUACCGUUUCUGCAAAUUGCACGUUGCGACAUAUUAAAGCGUCUGUCCGUUUAUUUCGCGGCGAUCGCUCAGUUAUGAAUAAAUCUUGAUCGGCAACAUGUCUUUUAUACAGUGAUGUUGUGAAAGGGGACCAAAGUCCCAGAUGGCUAAAAAAUAUAAGGAAAUAUCAGGAAUAGGACCAAGAAAAAGCCGUGAAAAGGGCAAUCAAGGAGUCGGAGAUUUUAGUUUCAUAAAUAUUUUACAACCUUUUCUAUUUAUUUUUUUACUCAAUUACUUUACUUUUUACAUUUUUUUCUGUAUUAUUCUUACUUACAGACUACUCACGAUAUUUACCCACACCUACAGCCACGACCCACGACAUUUAGCUACAAGCUAGCUACUGCUAGCUGAAACUCAGGCUAGCAAUCUGGAAAUUUACUCGAAAUCUCUCGCUCUCGUCCACGUGCGUAUUUGUUGAUGUCAUCGCACAGUAGUGAAUUCCCCGGAUAGUAAGAAAACCAAUCGACUGCGCCGUGCUUCUGAUCUUACAAAUGACAAAUUUAGGCCGCUUUUUCCUGCAAUUCAGUAGAGAACAGUGUGCUGACUCACCAGCAAUCAGAAAGAUCUGUUAUAAUUGGCGCUGUUUUGGUGAGUAAAUUACAGUCCUAUUAUUUGGUCUAAUCAGGGCCAAUACAGUCCAAUUACCUAGGGCUUAUUCGGACCAGCGGGCUGAAGUGAGUCCCAGCACGGGACUGCAGGACACAUGCUGGAAUAGGCUUUUGAUGGGGCUGUGUUGGCUUAAACUGUGCUCAAAUGGCUCCAAGAGAAGCUGAAUCAGACUUUGGUCUGCAGGGCUGAAUUGGUGCUUUUUGGGCUGAAAAAGAUCUUUUUAAUUUUCAGGGUAGUUGGGUGCUGACGUGUAUGUGAUGGGGAGGAUACCAGGCUUCUUUUGUUUUACUCGUAAUGUUUUCGGUCUCCGAGUCAUGAUAAUUUUAACUCCCUCUUGGUAGAUCCUAUGACUCAGGCCUUGGACCGGGGAGACUGGUGUUCCCAGACUGCCGGUUUUGUUUCCUUCUGAUGUUUACCCAGUCUUCUCUCCAUAAACCUACGUGUUUGUGAGGUCCUGGAGCUAGCCUUACACGAGACACCACUCUGUUAGGCUUCUCUACUUGGGAGUAUUGUCUCACCUUUUGUGUAUUUAUUUUGUUAUUUUUAGAAAGUUGCGACAUCCCGGCAUUGUAAAGUAUUUUGGAACCUGCCUUCUGCACGAAACAAUUGGCACUACAGUAAAGAUUGUUUUGGAGCUGUGUGACUGCUCCCUUAGAAAACUGGUGACAUCCCACCCGGAGAAUUCCUCUGCACGAUUGUCCAAGAAACCAAUAAGGAACAAAGUUCUAAACUGGGCUCUGCAGGUCUUGGAUGCCUUACGAUACAUUCACAGUGAAGGAUUUGUACACAGGGAUUUGAAAUUGGAUAAUUUGCUGGUAAGUUAUUUCCUAGUUGGUUCAGUGGGUCUUCAUUUAAGCACAUUGCGUCAUAUUUGAAACAAAAGCGUUGAAUGUAUUAAACAAUAAAUAUUCUUUUUUUUUCUAAAUGCCAUCUUGUAGUUCCCUUGGCUUAUUAUGUCUUAUCCCGCAGCGUGCAGCCUCAGAGAUUUCCGUAAAUAGAGGUAGUACAUGCACUUAAUUGUUUGUGCCUUUUACCACACAGUAAUGGUAAUAGCUCCUCGAGUUAGACAUCCUAUAGUGAAUGAAAUUAUAAGGUGGGAUGGCACGCGCAUGAACUUCAACGUUCAUGUGAGAAUAAGAUGUACAUGUGGUAAAAUUUAUAACUAGAUAUUGACUAACCGUAUAACUAGUCUAAACUAGAAAUAGUUGACACUACAGUUGCCCCCGCUCUGUAUAUUGUCGGUCAAUAGCAUUCUUAGUGGAGUGUGUAGCUCUUUGAAAUAUACCGAUUCAUAAUGAAGAUUUUCACAUCAUGUAAUUGUAUUCCAUGAUAGGUGAGAUAAAAACAGGAAACGUAAGGUUCCAUGAACGGUUUCAGUUCGUUUUACUCAGCUUUUGAUCAAAACAUUCACAGUUUCGAGAAUAGUUUAUUCUAAACCAUAAGAAAUAGAUUUACUUAGAAGUUGAAUUUUUCGCUAUUUCAUUUCAUUUGCCGGAAAGUAAGCCUUAGAAAUUAAAAGGACGUUUGAUCAAUUCACGCUUGCGCAUUCUAGUUUUAUUUUAAACUUUAUAGCGGAAGGUCAUCUGUGAGCAGGGAAUUAAGUUAGCACAAAAUGUGAUUGUCGGCGAAUUUCUGUCAUCGUCCAUCGUUCUGCUUGUGAUAAGCAAGCCGUUGAUUCAACCGUCUUGCUUGUUUGGGGCUGAGUCUUAUUCCGGUCAAAGAGAGAGCAGAGAGAGAGAGAGUGUCUGGCAAGGUUUCCAAUCAAAGAUCAGCGGCACCCAACGAGAAUAUAGUUCAAAACCACUUAAAAAUAGCAUUGUUGAACAUAUUUUAGUAUUUAAACGGUAGAUAUAGGCAUAUUUUUAUCCCCUAAAAACUUUUCAUCUGUUCGGAUUUCCUAGCUGAAAGUAUAGUGAUCCGAAAAUUAUAGGGAUCAAAACUUACCUUUUCGAAAAUUUCAGCCAUAAAGAAGGCUCCCGAAAAUUCUAGGUGACCUUUUUAGGGUAAAAAUCCGUUAAAAAUGGGCAGGCAAGCAAGAAAUUUUACAGCAAAGGGUUCCGAAAAUUCUAGAUCUCAAAUCGUCUUCCGAACAGAUAUUUUCCAAAAAUUGACGUUGGGUGCCCCUGAAAGAUUUGAGAACUCGUGUCUGGCACAAACUCUUCGAUUGUUUAUAAUAUAUAUAUAUACGCACAGUUACACGCACCUUAUAACUUCAUCUGCGCUUAACGAGCUAGUGUCUUUUGGUCCAUAACUUUCAAAACAACUGCCCCACACCUGUCACUGAUAACACGUAACGCAAAAGAGUGUCGAAGCAAAAAAUCUACCUAAGCGGUCCCUUCGGGAUUUUCUGUCUUUACGUCAUCCUAACCAUCUCGUACUUGCGGGCGCGAACAAUAGAAACGUCUUCAUUACCUACCGAUUUCUCGCGGCCCCUGUUUAAGCAAAUCGAGAUUUUUUUCUGGCAUACUGACUGUAUAUUUAAACUGUAAGUACUUUCCUUAACGCGCGAUCUACUAGAGUGCUACCUCAGGAUUUCGCCUUCUGGACGAAAUCCCUGCGGGGACAAUUAUUGGGUCAAAAGCCUUUGCAGAAAUUAAAGCAGUUAAACACUUAUGUGGGUUCUAUGGCUUUAUAACAUUCAAUAAUGUUUAAUACACCUUUUACGCUUUGAUCACACAUCACACAUUUUCGCUUCUAAGUACUCUAUCGUGAUUAACUGAUCUUGAAUUGUACGUAAGUCGGCUAGUUCUGGACGCAUGGUUCAUGACUCGUACUAGCUGUUGGGCUAUGGUCUCCGACCAAAGGCUUCAAGAACAAAGCCCAAUGCUGACCAGCAUUGCUGUAUUCCAUAAUUCAGAACCAGAGAAAACGUUCUUAUUAUCGAUGAUCAUCACUUGCUUACCCUGUGGAUCAAGAAAAACUAUUAUUAAUUACGCUUGAGGAAGUGGGUCGUUCGAAACUAUGAUAGCAUAACUAUAGAUUGCGUGGAUCAAUUUAGGUUUUUGGGAAACCGCCCACCAACCCUUCCCCUAAGCCAACAUUUUGCCCUAUGUGAGAAGUAAGUGAUAAUGCUGGCUUAGGGGAGGAGUAGAUGGGCAGUUUCACAGAAACCAACCUCGUCCCCAGGGCGCUUUUCCCUGGCUUUGGAGGAAAACCACGGAAAAGCGCCCUGGGAACGAGGUUGCCCAGAAACCUAAAUUGACCCGAUUGCAUCACAACAUUGGUCAGUGAUAAUGAACGUUUGACUUUUAAAAUUAUUGUUUUAAGUUGACACACGAUGGACAAGUGAAGCUGGCAGAUGUUGGAAUAGGCAAAUAUGAAGGACAGCUCACUGGUACUGUGUUUGGCACGUCCCUUUAUCUAGCCCCUGAAGUUUGCAAGGGUCGAAUCUACGACAGCAGAGCAGAUAUGUAUAGCUUUGGUUUUGUGCUUUGGGAGCUGUGGUACGGUGAAGUAUCGUUUCGUAACAUGGUACUCAGUAGAGAGCCCUCGAAGCUACUCGAAGACAUAAAAUGUGGACUUCGUCCAAGCCAUAUUGACAAGACAUCUGAGCCGUUUCCCAACUGGAGGGAAGUCAUGGAAUCGUGCUGGGAGAAGGAUCCAAAAGAAAGGAUGAAAGCUGGAGACGCUUUGAAGUGUUUAAACCAAGCAAAACUACACACCUCAGAUACAUCCCAGUGA